UGCAGCGGAAAAACUGUCACAAAAUCACAACGUAACCUUCAACGUCACUUCAACCUUAAACCCUAAAACCCUCUCAAUCCAUUAUCACCUUUUCUUCACUCUCUAUCGUCAAGCUUCAACCUUCGUUAACAAUGCGGAGACCCAAAUCAAAAGAUUUUCGGAAGCAACAGCGAAUUUCCGAGGAGAGCGAGAUUGAGCUUCUAAAAUCAUGGAUCGAAAGCCAGAAACCAGAGUCGGGUUCCAACCCAAUGUCCCUUCCUCCUCUUCCCAAAAACGCGCCAGUGGGGCGCGUAGACGACACCGCGUUUUCGCGGUACGCUGGUGUUGGUAGGUUCGAGCAGUUGCCGCUUUCGAAGAAGACGAAGGAUGGGUUGAGAGCGGCGAAGUUCGUGUCUAUGACGGAGAUUCAGAGGGCUUCGCUGCCCCACGCUCUUUGUGGCCGAGAUAUUCUCGGCGCCGCCAAAACUGGUUCCGGAAAAACUCUUGCUUUCAUCAUCCCUGUGUUGGAAACGUUGUAUAGAGAGAGAUGGGGACCUGAGGAUGGUGUCGGGAGUAUUAUAAUAUCUCCUACAAGGGAACUAGCUGGUCAGUUGUUUGAUGUGUUGAAGUCUGUUGGCAAGUUCCAUAAUUUCAGUGCUGGUCUUCUCAUUGGUGGUCGCAAGGAUGUUGACAUGGAGAAGGAACGAGUCAAUGAGCUCAACAUAUUGAUUUGCACUCCCGGUCGCCUAUUGCAACACAUGGAUGAGACUCCCAAUUUUGAAUGUUCGCAGAUGCAGGUUUUGGUACUAGAUGAGGCUGAUCGUAUUCUCGACAGUGGGUUCAAGAAGGAACUAAAUGCAAUCAUUUCACAACUACCAAAGCGUAGACAAACCUUGCUUUUCUCAGCAACCCAGACAAAGUCAAUUCAAGAUCUUGCAAGACUAAGUUUGAAGGACCCAGAGUAUCUGAGUGUGCAUGAGGAGUCUGUGACUGCCACUCCUACACUCUUGAAGCAAAUUGUGAUGGAGGUUGCACUUGACCAAAAGUUAAACAUGCUGUGGAGUUUCAUAAAGACUCACCUUCAGUCGAAAAUACUUGUUUUUCUUUCAAGUUGUAAACAGGUAAAAUUCGUGUUUGAAGCAUUUAAAAAACUACACCCUGGCAUUCCGUUGAAGUGUCUUCAUGGGAGGAUGAAGCAGGAAAGAAGAAUGGCAAUCUAUUCCGAGUUUUGUGAGAAGCGCUCUGUGCUCUUUUCGACUGACGUGGCAGCAAGAGGCCUUGAUUUUAAUAAAGCAGUUGACUGGGUUGUUCAGGUGGAUUGUCCUGAAAAUGUAGCAUCAUACAUACACAGAGUUGGCCGUACCGCUCGUUAUAAAUCUGUUGGAAAGUCAGUUUUAUUUCUGUUGCCUUCAGAAAUGCAAAUGUUUGAGAAGUUAAAAGCAGCAAAAGUUCCUGUUCACUUUAAUAAGCCAAAGAAAGAAUUAGUACAACCAGUUUCGACUUUGUUGGCAUCUUUACUGGUCAAGUAUCCAGAUCUGCAGCAUCGGGCUCAAAGGGCCUUUGUCACAUAUUUGAGAUCCAUACAUAUACAGAAGGAUAAAGAGAUAUUUGAUGUUAUGAAACUACCUAUUGAUGAAUAUUCAGCAUCAUUAGGCUUACCAAUGACCCCCAAAAUCCGUUUCCUGAACCAAAAAAUUAAAUCUAAAGGUGCAUUGGCAAAAACAAUUUUAGAUGAACCACAACAUCAAAAAGAGGAAAAUGAAUUGAAGAUAUCCCAAAAGAAGCUAGACUCAAGUGAUUCUGAGGGUGAGGAAACAGAAAAUGAUCUUCUUUUGGCAGCCGAUAACCCGAAAGAAGAAGGAAAGGCAUCUGAAGAUGCAGAAAUCAUGCCUGCAACUCGUAUAUUGAAGAAAAAGAAGCUCAAAAUCAAUGUACAUCGGCCACUGGGGACUAGGGUUGUAUUUGAUGAUGAAGGUCACACACUUCCUCCUCUAGCCAGGAUUGCUGAUACGCAAAGUGGCAAGGAAUCAUUGCUGCUUGACCCAGAACAAAAAGCUGAAUACUAUAGAAAGAUGCGCGAGGAUUUGAAGAAGGCAGACAAGGAAGACAAGCUUCUGGAGCGACAACGGCGUAGAGAAAAAAGAAUCAAACAGAAGAUGAAGUGGAAGGAAGGAAACAUGGAUGAAGAUGAUGAUGUUUCUGGGUCCGAAUCAGAUAAAGCCACGGCAAGACCGAAUAAAAAGAGUAAAGUAUAUUUUGACAGUGACAGUGAUGAUGGUGAAAGAAAUGAAGUCACAGGGAAGGGAGCCAUUGGUGCUGGUUCUGUUAGUUUGGAGGAGCAAGAAGCUCUAGCUUUGAAAUUAUUGAAUUCCAUGCACUCAUCAUAGUCACAAGGAUAUGCAUUAGUACACAUUUUCUUUCAUAUCCGAAACGGGUGAAAAAUAGAGCAGUUUUGUGGAACUUUGUGAAUAGCAUUUUUGUGAGCAUAGGUUCUUGCGGCUUUUUGAUUUUUAACAGCUAAUUAAUUCAACCAGUUCGUAUUUAUGAAAGUUUAUUUUUACAAA